AUGGUUAGCUGGUACGCCUUGGGCGUCGCGUUUUUUGCCGCGAUAGGAACCUUUCUCUUCGGUUUCGAUACUGGAAUCGCCACUACGACAAUUGCCCAUGAGAGCUGGAUCGACUACAUGAAACACCCUUCGAAGGGUUUAACAGGCGCUGUUGUCGCGGUUUAUAUCGCGGGCGAGGCCGUCGGGGCCCUUCUUCAAACCGCCGUCGCCGAUCGACUAGGUCGUCUCCGUUUCAUGGAACUCAUGUGCAUCAUUGUUACGAUUGGGACAACCAUCCAAACAGCAUCAGUCAACAUCGGCAUGUUCCUUGCUGGCCGUGCCUUGGCCGGAGUCGCAGUCGGGGGAAUGGUUGGCACCGUCCCCAUCUACCUCAGCGAAAUAUCCGACCCUCGUUAUCGCGGAUUGAUUGGAGGUAUCUCAGGCUGCGGUAUCGCAUUCGGGACCAUGGCUUCGAACUGGGUUGGAUACGCCUGCAGCUGGGCUCCAUACGGCGCUGUUCAAUGGCGUCUUCCUCUCGCCAUCCAGAUACCAUGGGGUAUCAUCAUGUUCAGCGGUUUGGUCACCUUCAUGCCCAACUCUCCGCGUUAUCUGGUCCGGACGGGCAAGGUGGAGGAGGCCCGAAAUGAGUUUAGUCGGAUUCGCCGCGAUCUCAACUCGCUCGAGCUCCGGCAGGAGUUUGCGCAGAUGCUGGCUCAGAUUGAGUACGAGAAGGAACGCGAGAUUACAUCCUACAAGGAGAUCUUCAAGCUUUUCAGGCACCGUGCGCUAGUGUCAAUCGCCGUACAAACCAUGACGAGUCUUACUGGUGUCAAUGUAAUUCAGUACUAUCAAACAAUCCUAUACAAAUCCCUCGGCAUCGACCAGCACACUAUCCUUGCCCUAGCAGCAGUCUACGGCACCAUUGCCUUCGUCACCAACGCCCUGACCACGAAGUAUCUGACCGAUCAGUGGGGUCGUCGAAAGAUGAUCCUCGCGGGUCUAAGCGGAAUUAUCGUCGUCGAGAUCUACGCCGCUGUCAUGCAACGCGAGUUCCAGAACACAGAUAACCGCAUCGGCAAGGGUUUCGCUAUUCUUGGUAUCUACCUGUUCGUUGUAAUCUACUACGGCAUGCUCAACAGCACAACCUGGCUCUACGGCGCCGAAGUCCUCCCGAUCGCGCUCCGCAGUAAAAUCAUGGGUCUCGCCGCAGCAUCGCACUUUAUCGUCAACGUGGGCAUAACCGAAGCUGGCCCUAGCGCAUUCGCCAACAUCCACGAGAACUAUUACUACGUGUUUGUAGGCUGCACGCUGUUCUUCCUUGUGAUCGCGUACUUCUAUUUCCCGGAGACGAAGCGGAAGACGCUCGAGGAGAUUGCCGCGUCGUUUGGGGAUCGCGUUAUUGAUGCGGAGGAUGUUGAUGCGGAUCCGGAUGCGAAGCCGAAUGCUAGGGUUGUUCAUGAGGAGUAG